ACUCAGCAAUUAAUCGGAAUUUAAAAACCUGGCAGUUUUAUUUCCUUAAUUUUAUAUUUGGAAGCUCUCCCAGAGUUCCACUGUCAGAUUUAGACCAGCACUUAGAAGAUUCACGGUAAUGAAGAUCAAGAUCAACGUCUGUUAUGAUUGAGUCCAGUGUGUAAAGUAUGGAUGAAACGACAAACCUGGAAGAAAAGCUCAGGGAGUCAGCUUGUAUCGGGGACUUGGAGGAGUUGAGGAAUCUAAUCAAGGGCAAAGGAGUUAACAUCAACUCACAAAACUCUGUGAAUGGAUGGACAGCCUUACACUGGGCAGCCAAGAGAAACCAUGAAUCAGUUGUGACAUAUUUGUUAUCAGAAGGAGCAGAUCCUAACAUUGCCAACAACAACGGUGAAAAACCUGUCGAGGUAUCGUCAGAGAAACAAAUACAGCAGUUACUGGGAGGUGAUGAAUCCAUGGAGGUGCGUCAGACAAAGCUACCUAUUACCCCUAACUACCUGGCACAUCCGCCAUUCCCGUACAUCAAGCCAGGCCGUACUACAGAGCAACUCUCCUUACAUACACCUGUGAGAACUUCCAUUAACAGUGAAGAGCUAGUCCUGAAGGCCCGACUCGCCAACUCGAAUGAGCGUGAUUUUAUUGAAGUGGAGCUGCCUCAGCACAACCGGACAUACGAUGCUCUGCUAACAUUGCUCUGUGGAGAACUCCAUUGUGACAAGCGCUUGGUCUACAAAAUCCGCAAACUCCCAAACACAAUUGUACGCAAGGACAAGGACGUUCUACGACUAGUGGACUUCCAGGAACUUGAAGUAGUUUUAUCCAAUAAGGUGAUCAGUGCAUCGUCACGGAAUUAUGGAGUUAUCGGUGGAGCCAGCCCUCGUCAAGAACAGAUCCUUUACUGAAAUGAGGCUGUCAGAGAGGCACAGAUGAGAACUGUUAGGGACCAGAUACUAGGCAAUUGCUCGGGCCAAAUACGCUAACAUUUUAAUAUCUUCCUUCACCUGUUCUCAUUAUUAUCUGUAUGCAAUAGUGUGUGUGUUCAUUUGUUUUAUGUUCACGCAGGUAUAUCUUCCCAAAGAGAAAAGAUAGUGUUCCUGUUCUAUGGGUUCUUUUUUUUUUUUUUACCAAAGAGAUAAUACUGCAUGGGAUUUUUGUUCUUACAUUGUAAAAGUCUUAUGAAACUAAUGUUAAUGUUCCGAAAAUAUUUCUUAUUUUCCACAUGUAAAUUCUUCUCUAUGCUGGCUUUUAUGCAACAAAGUGAAAAAAGUGAAGUUUAUUUUUUCCAGGAUCUCAAAUGAUUUAUGAAGUAUAAAUUUACCCAUCUUGCAGGACAUGUAAGCACACAAGUAUUCUCAUCUAUUUAUUUCCUCAUCAGUGUACUGAUACAGCCAGAGUUUUACAAUAAAUGUGUACAUGACAGGUAUGUCCGUGCAAUGUGUUGUCCCCCAGUGUUGAGAGCUUUGUCUGUUAUUUGGUGAAGGCAGCUUACUACAUCUCUUAAGAGAAGAACCUUUACUCACUUAGCCAAUGAAGUUAUAACAAUUCCCAUCAAUGGAUGUUUAUGGAUUACAAUUCCUGCGAGUAGUGGUCUAGCUUUUCUGCCUGGGAGAUGUGUACAGGAUGGCUAGGCUGUCUGAUAGACAUUACCUUCCAUGAUACUAGUAAAUAUGUUUUCUUCAAGAAUGUCUUCGAACUAUUCUCUAUACCCUACAUAAAAAUUAACAUGUCAACAACUCUAUUCCCAACACAGUCUAAGUACCAGCAUCAACAUUUACAUUCUUCUACAUUUCUGCCUCAUUAUCUGUAAGUUAUUACCAGUAUUCAAGCCAUGUCCUGGCUAAUGAUGAACAUGGGCCCAUUUUUUGUUCAAAACUGUGUGAAGACUUCAGUAUUGUACUUGGCCCCAAAAUAAUAAUAUAACAGUAUAUUAGAUAUGAACUAAAUCUGCUGCUGUUCCAUUUGAUCUCGGUACAACCGUAUUGGUUGCUGUGUUUUGUUAGAAUUGAAAAUAUGUAAUAUGAUUUAAUAGAGGGAAUA